AAUGAUAUUUUUAUACCAUUACACGUAACUUGAGAGUAUUUUAAAUCUCCUGAAUUCUCGGUAUAUUUUAUGCAAGUUCAAAAUGGUUAAGUAUUUAUGUACGGAGGGACUUGUGAGAGAUCCAGGAAGGGAAAGAGGAGGAAGGAAAAAUCCAUCUUUCUGAAAAGUGAGAGAGAGAAGCAGAACGAGCUGACCCAUUGAUUAAGAAGAGAGAAAAAAAUGGGAUGCUCGUUCUCGGGGCUGAAUGCUUUGUAUGACAGUGCCAAUGGCGGAGGAGAUGUUUGGAUCAAUGAGAAUAGGUUCAGGAUCCUCAAGCCAAUCGGCGGAGGCAGUUUGGCCAAUCUCUUCCUCGUCAAGGAGCUCAGUUCUGACCCUUCUAAACCUGGAAUUUCAAAAGAAUUCAAGGAUCCUUCUCAUGUCUCUGAUGGUGGAACUUAUGCCAUGAAGAAAGUUCUUAUUCAGAACAAUGAACAGUUAGAGUUAGUGAAAGAGGAGAUCCGCAUUUCGUCUCUGUUUAGCCAUCCCAAUCUGCUUCCUCUCCUGGAUCAUGCUUUCAUUUCGGUCAAGGUCUCACCAGACCAGUCUAGGAAGCAGGAGGCUUACUUAUUAUUUCCAGUCCAUUUGGAUGGGACAUUACUGGAUAGUGCCAAAACCAUGCAAGCAAAGAAGGAGUUCUUUUCCACUUUGGAGGUGCUUCAAAUAUUUCAUCAGCUUUGUGCAGGUCUCAAGCAUAUGCACAACUUUGAUCCUCCGUACGCCCAUAAUGAUGUCAAACCUGUUAAUGUUCUCUUAACACAGAGAAAAGGACAGGCACCUCUUGCAAAAUUAAUGGAUUUUGCAAAUGCACGUCCUGCAAGAAGACAAAUUCGUUCUCGCUCAGAGGCCCUAGAGUUGCAGGAAUGGGCAUCUGAGCAUGUUUCAGCAUCUUUCCGUGCACCUGAAUUGUGGGACUGCCCAAGCCAAUAUGAUAUUGAUGAAAGAACUGAUGUCUGGUCAUUAGGUUGUACAUUAUUUGCUAUAAUGUAUGGAGUGUCUCCAUUCGAGUAUGCACUUGAGGAAUCUGAUGAAAGUCCACAAUUGGCUAUUGUAAAUGCACAAAUAAAGUGGCCCACUGAACCUAAUGCUCCAUAUCCCAAUGACCUUAACCAGUUUGUGACAUGGAUGCUUCAGCCUCAAGCGACAGUCCGACCUCACAUAGAUGAUAUUGUAAUUCAUGUUGACAAGUUGAUCUCGAAGUAUUCCCAUUAAAGUGAUGGGAGGAGAACAUGUUGGGUUUAGUUCACAUAUGCAUCAUCCAUAUAAACAUCUUAGCAUAUUACAGAAUCCACCAUAAGUUACUGUUGCAUUGUUUCUUGUUAAAAGGUGAUAGAAGACUCAGUAACUCAUUGUACCUUGUUAUACCCGAGGAAAGAGGUUUUGGCAGUUGUCCUUUAUCUACUGUUUAAAAUGAUUUGAUUUUGAACAAUCUCAACUUUUGUUCUCAUGUCCAAAGGAAAAUUUUGCCUUGGUUCCUUCUCCGCAA